AAUAAUCAAACGCUUGUUUGAACAAUUUUAAAUCAUUCAUUUGACUGGCAUUUAUAUUUCCUCACAAUUGACACAAAUAAAAACAAUCAUUGACCCACAAUUCAUGGCAGUUCUCAUUACCCCGCUCCACACACUGAGGUCAUCUAAUAAUUAUUUUUGCCAUGCUUGACGAGCUUUUAUAAUGUAUGUAUACAUACAUUAAAAAUCAAUCACCAAAAACGGGUUAGCCUUGUCAAUUUCAAUGUACUCUUUAUAUAUUUUUUAACGUUAGAUAUAAUAUAAAUUUAAGGAGCAGCGAAUUAUUGUUUAUUAUAACAUGAUAACAUUGAUUGAUAACGGAGCAUAAAUAAAAAUAUUCUGUUGCUUUUUAAGAUAAAUAAUGCAAUCUCCCAUAUUUGACCCAUUUUGGGCGAACUUAUCCCACAGUGCAGAACUUUGGUUGCAGUUGCUGCGCUGGAAGGCGUCGCACUUCCGCUCUUACGGCGAUUCCUGCGCGCCUGUGCCGCAUUUUCCAAAGCGCCCACACAAAUGACGCCGCACGGCUUGCAGCGCAGCUGCAUCCGUUUCCGGGGGCGGUGGUGGGAAGAUUGUCGUUGGCGGGGGCGUGGCCACGGCACAGACUGCUGCCAACGAAAGCAGGCGUCCAGGAGUGUCCAGAAGGGUCAAAGGGUCUAUGCUCCAUGCUUGGCGUAUGGUAUAGGGUGGCUUCACUGUUCCUGGAACUGGUUGCAACCCCCAAAACGAGUGCAAUCUCCGCACUGGAAGCGAGCUGCAGACUGGAAGGCGCCAGGCGGGAUACACAUUAAUGCGGAGGAGUAGCUGCCAUCCAGGUCCCUGCAGCUCCUGGGACCAGAGUAGUGUUCCAGCAGGCGCCAAAGGCAGCGCUCGCUACGCGGCCGUUUUUGGUCCAAUUGGUUUGGCUUAAGCCGAUUGUUGCCAAAAAAAAAAAAAAGAAAUAAACUGCACAGAUAUCAGCUAGCCAUUGCUAGCCAUCCAAACAAUACAAAACAGGUGAAAUUUUUGCACAACAUUCUUGAUUGACAACGAAAGCAGCAACAAAAACAACAACAGUACCUAAGUCAGACUAGAACCAUUGAGAAUGGCCGAGUAUAGACCAUCAACUUCGUGGCCCCACCGCAUGAUGAGCUUCCAGUGCCGGCAGGCGGAUCUGAACCGCCUGGUGAUGAACUAUCUGGUUACAGAGGGCUAUCAGGAAGCCGCCAAGCGUUUUAUGACCGAGGCGGCGGUGAAGCCGGGUCCUCACAUGGACACCAUCGGCGAUCGCUUGAGGAUUCAGGAUGCCGUCCGGGUGGGCCAGGUGAAGUACGCUAUGGAUUUGGCCACACGGAUCUAUCCACGCCUCUUCGAGACCGACAACUAUGUGUUCUUCCACAUGCAACAGUUGCGUCUGAUCGAGAUGAUCAGGGAUCAGAAGAUGGAAAAGGCGUUGAAGUUCGCCCAGAGCAAGGCAGCGGGAUUUUCCAAGGUCGAUCCAAGGCACUACCACGAAGUGGAGCGGACCAUGGGUCUGCUGGCCUUCGAUCGGCCGGAAUAUAGUCCUUACGGGGAGCUAAUGUAUUACUCCUAUCGCCAAAAGGUGGCCGGUGAAAUAAAUUCAGCCAUGUUGCGCUGCCACGACGGUGAGAGUAAGAGCAAAGAGGAGCAGCCAAUGGAGCCAAGAAUGAUGUUCCUCAUCAAGCUGAUCCUUUGGGCCCAGGCCAAGCUGGAUCGCGAGGGAUUCACCGACUUUCACAAACUUGAUCUUGCCCAUGCGGAUUUCGAGGAGGAGUUCCGCCGCACUUUCCAGGGUUUCUAAGUCCAUAGGCAUGCAAUAAUUGUCCAACGAUCGGUCGGCGUCUACUGCGAAACUUUUUAAAUGUACGUUGUUUUUUUUUUUUUUUUUUUUUAAGCAAAUCUACAUGUAUAAAUGUAAUUUUUAUGGUGGUAAACCAGCAUAAAUAGGUGUAAUUUUUUUGAAUGGAUGUUGAAUAUUAAAUAUUUCCAUGUCUUGAUGUAAAUUGGAACAAGCGUAGUAUUAUUUUUCACUCGGUUUCUGGCACUUCUGGUAAUCAUCGUCUUUUAAUGAAUAUACUUUUGAUUGAAUUCUGUUAAAUAUUAUUUUGACGAUUUGGUAAUAUAUUUUUCUUUUUGUUUUUUUCAUUUUUUUUGCACUAUUGCCUCGUACAUAUGUAUAUUUGAGGUGGUUAAAUUUCUUUGCAUACAUUCUCUGGAAGCUUUAAACCUUAUCGCCGGCCUACGUCAUUUGUUUAAGUGUGGCGGCUUUGGCUGGGGCGCCUAAUCUAAUCGGUGUGGCUAAACUUAACCCUGAACCCCGAGGAGACUGGGAAAUAAACAAGUGAGAGAGAAUCGCACACAUAAUUCACCCUUUGCACCCCAUCAAAAAUGCAUUGCUCUGUAUCAAGAGGCAAUAGCAGCAGCAGCUUUUUGUUUGUGCCUUUGAAUAGCAAGCAGAUAAGGAAUAUGAAUAGGAAAAUACUUGUGGAAAAUCAAAUCAAAGGUUGGCGCCCUGCUUGGUGAUAAGACCCCGGCUAUGGUUUGAUAAAAACACACGUUUACAACAAAGUAUUAGCCCUUUUGGCGAUUGCAGCUGAACAAAACCAUGUAAGAUCGCUGCGGAAACGUGAGUUACGUGCCAAGUUUCCACUUGGCUUUCCUCGCUCUCACACCAAAUAGCCUGGCUCUGGGAUUUGGCUUAGAUAUAUUCACCAGCACUGGCAUGCAAAUGAGCAGCGCUGUUGUCAAGUUGCCAUUACAAUUGUUAUUCUGGGUUAUUGCCGGUUAAGCGGGCGAUAAGACGGCAUUACAUACUUGGCUAUUAAAAAGGGUGCGUGACAUUCGAAGGGGGUAAAUGGGUGAAAGGGGAUGAGCUGAAUGCAAAAGACAAUAGUCGAAUUAGAGUGCGUGUCACGGCAAGAAAAUGCACGUUUAUGCGUGUUUCAGGGGCGGGCCUAAAAGGGCCAUUAGGCUUUCAAUUACCGCUUAGUGCAGCUUAGUGGGAUAUUGAGUUUCAAUGGCAAUUCGAGAACAAAAGCUAUUAGGAAAGUUUUCCGGUUUUGAAAAACCUGCUUACCCGGG